ACCAAACAUACAAAUAAUUGUUUUCAUUGCGAAUCGCCAGCGCUCUGUAAAACUUAUGCAUAAAACUCGCUAUAACGCAAAUAAGGGCAAGUAGAGCUGUUCAAAGAGACAAGGUGGGCCAAUCGGAACAAACAGGGCGUGCAAAUCGAGAUUGAAAGGCGUUGAAUCCCCAGAAAGUGAGGUGUGAGCGUACAAUGCAAUAAUCGCUGCCAUGCCAAAGGCCAAGGGAUCAAGCUCCCUUGGAUCGAAGGGACCAUCCCGGAGAAUAUCUUCGGCAGACGUGGUGCCCCGGGGAUCGUCGGGAUCGGGAGGGACGGCGGGAGUGGCGGGGCCGCUCCAGAACUCCAAGCAGAAGCAGCCGGAGAAGAAGAAGGACUCGCUGGCAGCCAAGGAAUAUGCAGUUAAGAGCAAGGAGCUUUUGAAGAAGGAGCCUGUGAAAGAUGAGCCUGUGAAAGAUGAGCCCGUGCAGGAUCCGUCCACUGCCAUCUCCUCCAUCCCGGCGGUUGACAAGCUGCGUCGCUUCUGUUUUAUUGGCUCCGCGGACGAGCCCGUCUAUGCCACGCCCACGCUGGACCUCGCCGUCGAGACCAGCUUCGCGUCGCUGAAGGACCUCUGCUCUCAAGUGACCGAAGUAGAGCUGGCCGAGUGCCUGACGAGUGUCCUGGGCAGCGGACCGAAUGCGGAGCACCUGCCGCGCCCAGACGAGCCCCUCCUCAUCCUGGCCGUCUAUCUCACCACGCGCGACGACGAAAAGGAGCGCAAGUUGGUGCGAAACAGGUUCGCCGAUCUGAUAACCCGCGAAUCGCACCUGCUACUGUUCGUCCAGCUGGUGAAGCGAAUCCAGAAACUGCUCGAUCGCAAGACGCCCUUCAAUCGCACGGUGCGCAAGGCCAUCCUCGACUGGUAUGGCAAGCAGCCAUUGGACCGCCUCCUCCACCUGUGGUCGGUGGGCGACGGAACUCGUUGGUCGGCGCAUCGCGAUCUGCUGCACCGCUGUCACUUUCGGGAUGGCGAUUUCCGACCGGAAAUCAUGGCUGCCUUGCGGCUGCUCUCAACGUCGCCCAAGGAGCUAUCGAAUUGGCCCGCUUUCCUGGCGCCCCUUAGCAGUAGCCGCGGAAUUAUCGAGGGCGUGGUGAAGCUGCGUCUUCUGCAGGAUUCCGAACAAGCUCUGCCCAUUGUGAAGAAGCUUUCGCUGAGCUGGGAGCAUGUGCCGCUCCAGCUGUUUAACGAUCCCGGUCUGGCCAAGUUUCUUAUACCACGCAUGAGCUACGAGCAGCUCCUCCGCAGCUGGCCACGCCUCUCGCGAAUGCAGCACCAGGUGCGCCACUUUGCCGAGCAGCUGCUGGACGAGAAGAAGCUGAAGGCGGGAAAUGUGCCGCCCGUUCGAUUGCUGCUGGAGGACAUGCGUCUGAGGAAGCCCAGGAAGUUGUACCCAACUUGUUUGCGGAAAGCGAGUUUUCUGCAUAGCGUUUACGAGAUAUCCUUUGGCAAGAACAAGGCUCUCGGCAGGCGACUGCACAUCACCCUUAAUCUGGAGCAGCACUACCUAGGCAAAUACCUCACCGGUCGCUGUCGUAUGCUUAAAUACAUAGAUGGCCUGGUGGCAAUGGCCUUUGGUUACUUCCGUAGCGAUCCCAAGGUGACGGUGCAGUUCUGGCACGAUCGCAGUGGCCAGCUGAAGACGCUGCCCUGGACAAAGGAGAUGACCGUGGCAGAGGCCACGUCCUGCUGCGUAGAUCAGAAGGUGCUUAAGAUCAAGCAGUCGCUGACGGAUAUUUUGGACAGAGCGCUGGAGGAUGAAAAGAACACGUACGAUGUGUUUCUGGUGCUGGUGCCGGGAGCCGGGCGGGGAAAUCCGGCGAAUAGUUCCAAGAGCUUGGCUGCCCUGAUGGAUGAGUACCGCGAGAAGCGCAGCUCCAAUGCCAAAUUCAUAAUAGUGAGCCUGCGGCAGCACCACGGUUCCAUGACCUAUUCCGGCGAACGAAACGAGAACCUGCUGGAGCUGUGCAGCCUGGACGAGCACACGCCGCGGCUGAUUAACGCCUUUGCUCGCAGAAAGUUCUACUAGACGUGGUAGAGGAGCAGCCUUUUGAAUCACCGACGAAUCCCAAUUAAUCGCACAGCUGCCAGCGCAAAGCAGUACCAUUUGUUGAAGGACGGUGGCCAUCGGUUCGUUGCCAUCGGCCAUCUCUCUCGCUUUCAUAGACGCUAGGGCGCUCGGUCCACACACUCCCGUUCAGAAUAGCUUUCAUGUAACAUAAAUAUAGGUCCUUGGUGUGUAAUCAUCGUAGAGCCAGGCCAACUUAAUGCUACAUACUUAUGUACUAAUAAUGGUAGUAGUUACACCCCGGAAUCCAGAAUUGCAAUCGGGUUAGUUAGAUAUUUUUUAACGCUCGUUUUGUGUAAUGACCUUUGUAUUCGUAUUUGUAUUAGUACCAGAUUUGGUGGAUUUAUUUUUUGAAAUCAAACUGAAUCAACUGAACUGAACUCAAUCUAAAUUCAAUUUGGAUUAAAAACAAUCUCAAAGCAAACGCAAGCGCAACCAACAAACAAAACAAAAAAGAAAAAAAAAAACAAAAAAACCGAAGAACAACAAAUUGCCUUACAAACAAAAAUGUUAGUAAAACUUUCAUUUUAGUUUAGACUUUUUCAAAAAUCGAAUACUGGAACUGAAACUGAAACACAAAUUAUGGCAUUUAGAUAAAGUUAAAGUUAAAUGUAAACUAAUCAUAUGGCCUAUGUAUUGAAUAUUGAAUAAUAAUCUAACGUAACAUUAAAAUAGUCCAAGUCAAAGCAAUAAUCCCCAACAACUAAGCAAAUCCAGUUAAUGCCUCAGAUCGAUCAUAGAUUUAUGUUGUGCUCGAAUAGAAUCGAAUUAAAUUAGCUAAAUAGUCGAAACGCGUACAAGGCAAAAAAUAUAAAAA